GGAGCGCAAGGACAGGUGUGCGAGGGAUGGCGCUCGCGGCGCGGAUAGAAUGGCUCGCGGCUCGCGCGCUGCGCGCCGUUGUGCACGUGCUCGUGGCGCUCUUCCGGCUGUUGGCUUCCCGGCGCGCGGUGGGGGGGCCCCCGAGACCCCCCCCUCCGGCGUCGGACCCCCUGCUGCGGCUGUCGGCGGUGCGGCUCGCGGAGAGGAUCCGUCGGAAAGAGGUGACGAGUGUCCAGGUGGUGCGCGCCUACAUUGAGAGGAUCCAGGAGGUGAACCCCCUCGUCAAUGCUGUUGUCAAAGACAGGUUCUCGGCCGCCCUGCAGGAAGCGGCUCGGGCGGACAGGCUCGUCGAGGAGGACAAAGGCGAUGAGGGUGUCCUGAAGGAGCGGCUCCCCCUGCUGGGUGUUCCGUUCACUGUCAAAGAGUCCUUCUGCGUGCAAGGGAUGCCCAACUCCGCCGGCCUGCUGAGCCGGAGGGGAGUGGUGUCUGGGACCGACGCCCCUGCGGUGGCGCUGCUGAAGAAGGCGGGAGCGAUCCCGCUGGCUGUGACCAACUGCAGUGAGCUGUGUAUGUGGCUCGAGUCCCACAACCAUCUUUAUGGCAUCACCAGGAACCCCUACGACACCCGCAGGAUCCCCGGGGGCAGCUCGGGAGGAGAGGGCAGCAUCCUGGCCAGCGGAGGGUCCGUCGUGGGCGUUGGCUCCGACAUCGGCGGCAGCAUUCGCAUGCCUGCCUUCUUCAAUGGCAUCUUUGGCCACAAGCCCACGCCAGGCAUCGUGUCCAACGAUGGGCAGCACCCCCCCAGCUCCGGCCGCCGUGACGAAUUCCUGUGUACGGGACCUAUGUGCCGCUAUGCCGAGGACCUGCUGCCGCUGUUGAGCAUCAUGGCAGGAAAAAAUGCGGACAAACUAUCCCUGCACGCGGACGUGGACCUCAGGAAGCUGCGCUACUUCUCUGUGCCCCACAACGGAGGAUCCCCGCUGGUGUCGCCUGUGGAGCGCCAGCUCAUCGAGGCUCAGAAGAAGGUCGUGCGGCGUCUCGAGGCCGACCUUGGCGUCACGGUCCAAGAAGUGCCCCUCCCUCAGCUCAGAUACUCGCAUCACAUCUGGUUGGACUGCAUGGCUUCUCCCAACCAACACGGAGAGCUUCCCGUGCCUUUUGCGGAGCUCAUGGGUGAUGGCAGCAGGAAGGUGUGGCCCCUGUGGGAGCUGCUCAAGUGGCUGCUGGGACGGUCACCACACACCCUGCCCGCCAUCGGUCUGGCCCUGGUCGACAAGGUUCUGGGGUCACAGCCCUCACGCUUCAUCGGGCAGCAGAAAGAGCAGCUCCAGGUGCGAGUCGAGCAGCUGCUGGGCAGCGACGGGGUGCUGCUGUACCCUCCUCACCCGCGGGUGGCACCAGAGCACCACGUACCCGUCUUCACGCCCUUCGACUUCUCCUACACGGGCGUGUUCAACAUCCUGGGCCUGCCGGUGACCCAGUGUCCCCUGGGGCUGGGCGAGCAGCGCCUCCCGCUGGGGGUGCAGGUGGUUGCCGGGAAGCUGCAGGACCGCCUGUGCCUGGCUGUGGCGCGUCACCUGGAGCGAGCGUUCGGUGGCUGGAGGGACCCUGGCGCCCCCUAGUGAUGCUCCUUUGAAACCGUGCGCGUGCGCACGCACAUCCUGCGCUGCUUUCUGCUCACUGCGCUGUCCACACGUCCUGAUGUGCUGUCGGACUCUGAAUCUGUGUUCCUGACGGCUCCGGCGACGUAUUACUGUAUAACAGGGUAAAAAUUGCUAUUUAAUUUUGAUUAAAUUAAUUGUUGAACAAUACAAUGGUUAAUAAAUGUGUGGUUGCCAUGGUGACUCUUGCAACAGCAGAUGUUUCCUCUGCUGUCAACUUUUUCCUCCUCCUCCGUGUCUGUGUACUGUUAUAACAGUGCUCUGCACUGUGGUACUAGAAGAAUUCUUGGCAGUGCUACACUAUUGGUCGCACGCACACACGCACGCACGCACACACAGAGGAUGAAGCUGCUUGACCCAAGCGGGAUUGCACUGAACCAGAG